GUUCCAGAUUAUAUGCGGUUUCCAGUUUCUUACGGCUCAAUUUUUAAAGCUCUUACGGAAUGUGAACCCAUUUAAAAAUGUCACGCCUAGUAGCCUCUAGAGGAUAGAUUUGUUUCGGAAAAGUAAUUUUUAAAUAUUUUAUUGUUUUUAAUAUCUUUACGAAAGGUUCUAAAAGUGAGCCGGAAUAAAUUGGAAACUUUAAUUACAGCUGGAUUUUAUUUUGAUUUAAGUAGCAACAAACUUGAAUCUUGAUGCAACAAAAUUUGAGAGAGUAGGUGGCGCCACCUGUAACAACCUCUGUUGACGGGUCAAGAUUCAAAGCUGAAUGAUCAUAUAACAAAUGAUUACAUAGUUGCGCAGUGAGUUGAAGGGACAUUUAACAAAUUUUGAUGAAUGGUAAUUUUUAAACCGCGCAGUGUUGCUGGUUGCGGCGGCAUGAAACAAACUUUGUGAGAUGAUGCGUAUAUGGAGGACGCGGCCCGCGCUGCCAAGCGAGUGGACAAACACCGGUUGAUAGAUCAUGUAACAAACGUUGAAUUAAGGCAACUGAAAAUACAUAUAACAAAAUUUGACGAAUGAUUCUACUAAGGUGUAUUUGAGUCCGGUGCUCCAACAAAUUUUGUUAGAUGAAAAUUUGAGAUUUCUUAGAGUGUAGGUCUAUAUAAAAAGUGAACAAUACAAAAAUGAACUCGUACUAAAUGUUACUAUACUGCGUUCAGUAUUUGAUUAAAAGAUCUUAGCUGAAGUGCCUGCCAACAUUUCUCCUAUGUAAUCUCUGAUAUCUAUGGUACUGUUUGGCCAGCUAUGCUGGAAAUGGACCAUACCCUUCUAAAAACAUUUAUUCCAAAAAUCAGAUAGACUGUGAUGCCAUGGGUAUUCCACCCAAUUGCAGGGAGCCAAGUAUUCUUUUCAUUGGAGGUUACAAACAUGACACCUAUAUUGAUUAUGAAGUUCCUGAAACUGGAGACUACAGCCAUAAGGAGUUAAAGCCUGAACCAGCAGCAAUAUACCCUUGCCGAGUUAGCAUCUUUGAUCAACUACCUGUAGAUAAUGUUCUUUCAGAGGCAGUUGUGCAUGGAGGUUCAGCUGUUUACAAUGGUGAAAUAUACGCAUGUGGAGGCUUCAAUAAAUACCCAAAAUUAUCAUCGAUUUGGAAAAACUGCUAUAAGAAUGUUGGGGGGCACUGGGUACAGGCGGCAAGCAUGAAUAAGGAAAGGGCAGGGCUUUCAUUAACCCCCAUAGGAGAUGUUUUGAUAGCAGCUGGUGGUCUUAACUUCGAAGGAGUCACUCCGAAUGAUGAUGAAUCAAACCAACCUUUACAAUUGGUAACUUCACUGGAAGUAUUCAACGGAAUAAAUUGGAAAAUUCUUCCACACACAUAUCCCCGUUCUUUGGGACUAGGUAUGGGACUAGGUCACUGUGCUGUUGCAAUAAGUGACACAGAAAUCUUGUUCAUUGGGGGUACUGAAUCCUAUUCAUCCAAUGAACCAUCUAUAAUUGAUGGUGUGAGUUCCUCUGUGGUUCACUAUGAUAUCAAUGAUGGCUUUACUGGAAGACAAUUUUCCAAAAUGAAAUAUAGAAGGCAGGGUUUAGGUUGUACACUUUACAACAAACAAGUUUAUGUUGCUGGGGGAGUCACUUUCGGCAAACGCCUCUAUGAGGAUCCAUCUCGUACUAUGGAGAUUCUUAUUCUGGAAAUCAUGAGGUGGAGACAGGGCCCACGUUUACCUGAAGCAUAUCAAUGGCCCGACCUUCAUGUAUUGGAUGGAGAGUUGGUAUUGGCUGCAGCCAGGCCUGAAGGAAAUCGUCAAAUAUUGAUCUUGAAUACCGCUUAUUUAAAAGACCGGGAUUGGCUACAGGGUUAUGUAGUCAUGAAAGUUAACAAUGUUUCCAACUCUGUAGUAUUCACAUGUAAAUAAGUAAAUUAUCAAAAUUAUAUGAAAAAUUUAAAGGAAAAUAAAUCAUGAAUUGAAUUUAA